AUGAAUUAUCAGCCGUCACUGGUGCAACAGCAGCUCCCGCUCCUUCGCCUCGCCAAGAUCUGCGACUGGGGUGGGCUUAGAAAGGCAGUGGACAAAGCGUCGCAGGACCAGAUCGAAGCCACCGACGACUACGGCAUGCACGUGCUGCACUGGGCCGUGACGGAGGCCAACAUCCCCCUCGGUCUGCUCGAGUACCUCAUUCGAGCGUUUCCGCAUGGCGUCCGUACUUUCUCCAACGGCGGCUUCUUGCCGUUGCAUCUCGCGCUCAUGGCCGGCGCGUCCGUGAUCCGCGUGCAGAGACUGGUCGAGUCGUUUCCUCAGAGCACCAUCUUACCGAUUCCUUCCGGCCACACGCCCAUCAUGAUCUUUGACGAGCACCUGCCCAUGGAUACCCAAGCGCUCAAGCGAGCCGACGGGCAGCAAGGACUGGCGGCGGCCAAGAUUCACGUGUGGGGCAAUAUCCUCGUGGGUCACGUCCUUCGGAGCUCGUCGUAUCGACCCGAUUCCAAUCGUCCAAUCAAACCCCGUCGUCAUUCGACGUCCAUGUCCGGCUUGUCGACCACGUCGUCGUCCGCCGCCACGUCAUCUUCGUCCUCCACCGCUUCGUCGUUACGCCAAUCAUCCGAGGAAUGUCCGUCAUUUGACUGGCGAGAACUUUCUCGGCGCAUGUCGGCCAACGAUCCUACCUUGGACGACAUCGUCGACGACAGAGCCAAGCUACUGCUCAUGGCCGUGAUGAAGGCGCCAUUUGACCUCUUUCAGUGGAUUCUCUCGUUGUGUCCAGAAUGCACCAGAAUCCCCACGUCCAGCGGGUGGCUACCGCUUCAUGUGGCGGUGGCCCACCAGGUGUCUACGAGGCGGCUGCAAAAGCUACUGGAAGUGUACCCCGAAAGCAUCCACGCCCUCACUCGACAGGGCGAAUCGGUAUGGUCCCUUGCCCAAAAAGCGCCUCUGGACGCGACCAGCCUCGAGCUGCUUCGACAGAGUGCCACGUCAGUCGCCUCGAUCCGAUAUGUGAUGGGGUCAGACGGGUGCCGUACGCACAAGUCGGUCGUCGGGUCUUGCCGCGGGGAACCCCCGUUCCACACAGACGUCGCAUCCGCCGAGGAGCAUCGCGGGGACGAAGGAUCUGGCGGCGAAGAAGUGAUCGAGUGA